AUGGCGUCCGACAAGACUCUCGCCAACAAUGUUCCCAUGCAAGGCAAUGGCUUCUACAGCUCAAACUCAGCACUCCAGUAUGCGGCCAUGCUGAAUGCACUUCCAUUACUGUCUGCUUCAGUAAUCCAGAAGAACACCAAUGAGGGUAAAAUGCAAAAGCGCCAUCUGGCUGCCAUUGAAUAUGGCUCUGCGCAUGGCAAUAACUCGACGCUAAAUAAUAUUUUCAGUGAACUUCCGAUGAAAGAAAUUAUAAAACUCACCGAGCAAAGCACAGACGUGCAGCUUCACUUCAACGAUCGCCCUGAGAAUGACUUCACGACGCUAUCGCGAAAUGUCACAGGGUUCCAGUGGCCGACAGAGGGAACUAGACGGGUAUUCACCUCCAUGGUGCCCCAGUCAUUUUAUGAACCCGUGGUUCCCCCGUUAUCCGUUGAUAUCGGAUUCUCUCUGGCCUGUCUGCACCAUUUGGAUCAUGUCGAUCCUCGUCCGGAAGGCCGGAGCCCCGUCGACCCAGAACGUCAGAUCGCCUUGCGGCACCAAGCAAAGAAAGAUCUCCGUCGCUUCCUGAAUCUACGCGCUGAGGAAUUUGCUCCUGGCGGCUCACUUGUUCUCUCAUUUGUCAGCAAGGCAUCAACAGGAGAGGAGAACUAUCCCGGUCCUGUCGAUGCGUGCCGCUCAGCUCUCAUAGAUAUGGUCAAAGAGGGCUUGAUUCCCCUAGAGGUUGCGGGAGAAUUUGAAGUGCCGACGUAUAAUCGGACUUUGGAGGAUGUUCGGGAAUCCCUUGAAGAGGUGAAGGGAGAAUGGGCAGCCGAGGAGGUAUACGAAAAGAAGGUUCUGCAUCCUGCGGUAGAGGAGUUUGCAGCAAAGAAACAGGCCCAUCCCCAGGAUAUUGACGCCCAUCGAAUCAAUUAUGGAAACACCGUGAUUGAUUGGCUGAUGGCUGUUGUUGGGGGAUAUUUUGAUAAGAUGCUCCGUCUUGGCUUGGGUGAGAAUUACAGUAAGGCUAAUGGAGAGCUAUUGCUGGGUGAGUGGGUCAAGAGAACCAAAGAUAAGUUCUUGGAGAAACACGAUGUUGAGGAUGUUUACUGCUGGUUUAUCUAUGUGCGUCUGACGCGGCUUGAGGGACAAUAG